AUGGAAACGAACACCGAAAAACACCUUGUUCCCGAUCAGAUGGAGAGGAAGCUUGUCAGUGCUGAUGAAAUUGUCAGAAAAAUCGAGCAGAUUCUGUCCAACUCAUCUUCGAAUCCUUCGCCUCAUAAGGCCGACGAUGAAGUGGACCAGAGUAGUCAAACUACGGAGUACAAAAGGAUACCUUACAUUGUGAAGUUCACCCUUCUAAUGAUGCGACGGCGAGAUGUCAGAUUUCUCGAUCUUUCUCGCAAUGCCCGUGAACUUUUCAUGAGAUUACAUCUGAGGAAGUCAUGGUGGUUGACCGUGGAUAAAUUGAAAGAAAGAUAUGCUGAGUUAUCCAGCGACAUGGAAUCCGCCCUGGUGCAGCUGGUUGAUAAUGGCUUUGUUGACAGCGACAGGAGUCUGGUGAGCCUCGAAGAAGCGCUGAAGGUGGCUCCAUUGCCAGUUUUGAAAUCCGUUGCAAAAAUCUACCAGCUCGAUACGACAAAGGGGAAAAUUGAACUGAGUACGACGUUGACGACUUUCUCUGCGAAGCAGAAGGGGCUUUUCGGACAAGUGGGUACUGUAGCAGUUGCGAUGCUCAGAGCGUAA